AUGACAAAGUCCUCAACCAAAGCCAAGCGUCGCACGAAGAAAACCCGCCACGUUACCUCACAAGCGACACCGACCAGCAGCAGCCAGAACCCUACCGACGCCGAAGAUAUAGCCGACUUUACUGAUUACAUCGCAACGCAAACUUUUGAAAGUGUUCCCGUCGACCUACAGUCUCUUACACAUGUCACAUGGACUGCAGAUCCCGACCUCCAGACACGUUAUGCCCUGCCCUUGACUGGCGCCGACGUGUCCGCUAUCCUUACAACACUCGACCCGGAUGUGGCAGCCUCGCUCACGACUUACGACAUCAUCGAUGGUCUUUCCCGUGGCGUCCCUGAGCUGCUGGCCCCGGUUCUGACUGAGUACAUCACCGCGCUCACCGCCCCUCCGCCACCGCCGCGGGCAACGCGCAGCCAGGCUGACGGAUGCGAACUGUGUGGUCGCGAUUGGAUCCCCCUGACAUAUCACCAUCUCAUUCCGCGCUUCGUGCACGAAAAGGUCGUUCGGAGGGGAUGGCACCCGCCCGAAGAUCUCGACAAUGUAGCCUGGCUCUGUCGACUGUGCCACUCGUUUGUGCAUCGCUUUGCUGGACACGAAGAGCUGGCGCGACAUUAUUACACCGUCGAGUUGCUGCUCGCCGAGGAGGAUGUCGCCAAGUUUGCAAAAUACGCCAGCCGCGUGCGAUGGAAGGGACGGUGA